CAGUUCCUUGUCCGACCAAUAUAAUACUGUACAACAACGCACCUUAUCCAUCUGCUCUGCUGCAGGUUGAUGAUGAUGGCCUCCUCGCCUGCUGCUGCUUCCUGCUCACCGCCCACGCACCAGCUGCCCUCUUCCUCCCGCUGCUGCUGCCGCCCCCCUUCAUCAUCUCUUCUUAGUCUCGUCGUCCUUAAUAAUGGCGGCCGUGCUUACGCAGACAAGAAGAAGCGGCGACGAGGGCAUUCGCCACCAUCUGCUCUACCCGAUCCCCAAGCUGCUGCGGCGCUACUUGCCGUCGCCGCCGGGACAGUGGGAGUCGCCGCCACCCUCCUGCUUCGCUCCUCCUCGUCCCCCAAGCAGCAGGAGCAGCAGCAAGAUGUCAACGAGGCCGAAGAGUGCUGCCCGGAGUGCGGCGGCACGGGCCUGUGCGGUCUCUGCAAAGGGGAGGGCUUCGUCUUCAAGCAGCUCUCCGAGGAGACGGCCAGCAAGGCACGCAAGGCUGCCAAGAACAUGGCCACCAGAUACACCGCUGGGCUGCCCACCAAGUGGACCUACUGCACCAAGUGCUCCUCCACCCGCUCCUGCACAACCUGCCGAGGCUCCGGCACAAUAACCAAAACACCUGCCUAGCUGCUAGCAACCAUUCAUCUAUCCAUGAUCAUUAUUGCAAUGGCAUUUUGGACUUGAUAUUUUAUCUCAAUGCAAAUAGAGUAAUUAUUUAUGUUUACACGAUCCCUCCCUGAUGUUGGGAGAUUGUAUUUCCUGCUAGUUUCAAGGGUUACUUGGGGCUUUGCGUAUAUAUACUAGGUGAAUUCCCCGCGCGUUGCUGCGGGAUGUUUUGUGUUAUUUGUAAUUACUAUUAUUGGAUGAAGUUGGGGAAGAGUUUAGAUUUAGUUCAUGUUUACACAAAGUUAAAUUAUUGUAUAAAUUUGAUUCAGUUUUAUUGAAUAGAUGGGUGCGGAUGAUACAUUUGGAGAUAUUUAUGUAAAGGGAAUUGAAAUUGUUUAGGGAAUAACAUAGAAUUUUGGAGAAAA